AUGGCGGAACAGAUGUCUUAUCUCCUUUUUGGAGACCAGUCUCUUGACACACACGGCUUUUUGGCCGAUUUUUACAGACAAGGGAAUCCGAGCAUUCUCGCCAAGACGUUUCUCCAGCGAGCGGGAGAUUCUUUGAGAGACGAGAUCGAUAGACUUCCCCGAUGCCAAAGAGACCGAAUUCCCCAGUUCAGGACUCUGCAACAGCUAAACGAAAGAUACCAUCAACAAACGAUCAAAUUUCCAGGAAUUGACAGUGCCCUGCUCUGUAUAACACAACUGGCCCAUUAUAUUGAUCGAUCGGAAAAAGAGCACCAGGAUGUCACUGCGGCCGAAAACACAUACCUCUCCGGUCUCUGCACUGGUCUUUUCGCCGCCACGGCGAUCGCGUCGAGCCCGUCACUCUCCUCGCUGCUCCCGAUAGCAGUUCAAGUUUCUUUGAUGGCAUAUAGAGUUGGAUCACAUGUCGCGUCUCUUGCAGAACGGCUGAGUCCUUCAGACGAAAGAUCCGAAAGCUGGACAUAUGUUGUCCCUGGAGCAAAAGAAACAGAUGCAAAGCCUAUCCUUGCAGAAUUCCACGAGACAGAGGGAAUCUCGCCUGCCGCUCAAGCUUAUGUCAGCGCCGUGUCUGCCAGUAAUAUUGCGAUUUCGGGUCCUCCUGCGACAUUGAAGUCCCUUUUCAGCAAAGAUCUAUUCGAGUCGAGGCCGACAGCCAUCCCUGUGUACGGGCCAUACCAUGCACCGCAUCUUCAUGCUGCUGCAAAUCUCGAUAAGAUCUUGAGGCUGGAUGAUGAGGCUGUUACCGCCGCAUUCGACGGGUCCAAGCCUCGCAGUCACAUCGUCUCUUGCGUGACAGGGCAGUCUUUUCCUGAGACAGACACCAAAUCCCUUUUGAAGGCAGUCGUUCACGAGAUUCUGAACGAGCCGCUGUUGUUCCACAAGGCACUCAAGGGAAGCCUCAAUAGUGCAAAGGAGUUCAAGGGCUCCAGGGUCCUGGUGAUCCCAUAUGGUCCCACACAAGCGGCCAGCACACUUGCCAACUUGUUGAAGGCACAGACAAAACUCGAAGUUGUCCUACGGACGCCGCCUCAGGUGUCACGUGAAAGCAACGGCGCAAGCAUUGGUAACCAUGGAUCUUCGGGCAAGUGCAAACUUGCCAUUGUGGGCAUGGCCGGCCGGUUCCCCGAUGCUGCCAGCCACGAAAAGCUCUGGGAGUUACUGGAGAAGGGUAUUGACGCUCACCGCGUCGUGCCCGCUGACCGGUUUCCGGUCGAGACACACGUCGACCCCACUGGCAAAGCCAUCAACACGAGCCACACGCCCUAUGGGUGCUGGAUUGAAAACCCCGGUCUCUUUGACCCCAGAUUUUUCAAUAUGUCGCCGCGUGAAGCAUUCCAGACAGAUCCCAUGCAGCGCAUGGCGUUGACGACCGCCUAUGAGGCUCUUGAGAUGUCCGGCUAUGUGCCCAAUCGGACACCCUCCACGCGCCUAGACCGUAUUGGUACCUUUUAUGGUCAGACUUCCGAUGAUUGGCGUGAGAUCAACGCCGCCCAGGAAGUGGACACCUACUAUAUUACGGGUGGUGUCCGUGCAUUCGGCCCAGGCCGAAUUAAUUACCACUUUGGCUUCAGCGGCCCGAGCUUGAAUAUCGACACAGCCUGCUCAUCCUCUGCCGCUGCUCUGCAAGUGGCUUGCACAUCACUUUGGGCGAAGGAAUGCGAUACGGCCAUUGUGGGAGGUCUCUCCUGCAUGACAAAUUCCGACAUUUUUGCCGGAUUGAGUCGCGGCCAAUUCCUUUCCAAGAAGGGCAAUUGCAACACAUUUGACAAUGAUGCCGACGGCUACUGUCGCGCUGACGCGUGCGCUUCCGUCAUCGUGAAGCGUCUCGACGAUGCACUGGCAGACAAGGACAAUAUCCUCGCUGUUGUUCUUGGCACAUCAACGAACCACUCUGCUGAUGCUAUUUCCAUCACACAUCCCCAUGGCCCUACCCAAUCUGUGCUGUCCAGAGCUAUUCUGGAUGAAGCUGGUGUUGAUCCUUUGGAUGUCGACUAUGUUGAGAUGCACGGCACAGGUACCCAGGCGGGUGAUGGCACAGAGAUGGUGUCCGUCACUGACGUGUUCGCUCCUGCAAAUCGUCACCGAGCCUCUGAUCGGCCCUUGUACCUGGGAGCCAUCAAGUCCAACGUUGGGCACGGUGAAGCUGCAUCCGGCAUCACUGCUCUUAGCAAGGUUCUGUUAAUGAUGAAGAAGAAUUCUAUCCCCCCGCACGUUGGCAUCAAGGGCGAGAUCAAUAAGACAUUCCCCAAGGACCUUGGUGCAAGAGGUGUCAACAUUGCCUUCCACAAGACACCCUUCCAGCGCAAGGACGGAAAGCCUCGUCGCAUUUUUGUCAACAACUUCAGUGCUGCUGGCGGUAACACUGGUCUGCUCCUUGAAGAUGGGCCCCGCUACAAGACGGCUGAGGCCGACCCUCGUAGUGUCCACGUCGUCACUGUCACUGCCAAGUCGAAAUCAGCCAUGAUCCGAAAUGCCGAGGGUCUUGUCCAGUGGAUGGAGCAGAAUCCAUCAACGCCUGUCAGUGAUGUUGCCUACACUACCACGGCACGCAAGAUCCAACACUACUGGCGCAUGAACGUUGCUGCUGGUUCACUGCCAGAGGCCAUUCAGGCUAUCAAGGAGCGUCUGAAGUCCACCUUUGUUCCUGUCUCGCCAGAACAACCCAAGGUUGCCUUCAUGUUCACGGGACAAGGCUCGCACUACGCUGGCCUUGGAAAGGAGCUCUAUGCCCACUAUGCCAUCUUCCGCGAUGCCAUCGAUGAGUACGAUCAGCUUGCAGGAAUCCAUGGCUUCCCAUCCUUCUUGCCACUCAUCGACGGUAGCGAGCCAGAUGUUCAGAACCUGUCUCCUGUCGUUGUCCAACUGGGUCUAUGCUCCUUUGAAAUGGCCCUUGCCAGGCUCUGGCAGUCCUGGGGCAUCCAACCAGGUGCUGUACUCGGCCACAGCCUGGGCGAAUACGCGGCUUUGCAUGUCGCCGGUGUACUCUCUGCUAGUGACACCAUUUACCUUGUGGGUGCUCGUGCUCAGCUCCUGGUCAACAAGUGUACCGCCGGAACACAUGCCAUGCUUGCUGUUCAGGGGUCUGUUGAAACAGUCAAGGAGGCUCUCGGCGCUCGUGCUGAGUCUACCAAUGUCGCUUGUAUCAAUGGUCCCCGCGAGACUGUCUUGAGCGGUGCAUCCAGCGAAGUUGCUGAGAUUGCUGAACAGCUUGGUGGCGCAGGCUUCAAGUGCACCCAGCUCAAGGUUCCUUUUGCCUUCCAUUCGGCUCAGGUCGAGCCCAUUCUGGAUGACUUUGAGUCCUUGGCCCGCUCUGUGCGCUUUGAGACACCCAAGGUGCCGGUUAUUUCACCACUCCUUGGCAAGCUCGUAGAUAACGAGCCAAUCAACCCUGCCUAUCUUCGCAACCAUGCUCGCGAGGCUGUCAACUUUUUGGGAGGACUUGUUUCCGCUCAGCAGUCUGGCAUGAUUGAUGAAAAGACCGUCUGGCUCGAGGUUGGCCCUCACCCUGUGUGUGCCAACAUGGUGAAGGCAGCAUUCGGUGCCACCACCAUUGCUGUUCCAACUUUGCGCCGCAAUGAGGCCACUUACAAGACGCUCAGCAGCAGUCUCUGCACCUUGCACUCGGCUGGUCUGAACUUGGACUGGAACGAAUUCCACCGAGAUUUCGAUGCCUCCGUCCGCCUGCUGGACCUACCUAGCUAUGCGUUUGAUUACAAGAACUACUGGCUACAGUACACUGGCGAUUGGAGUUUGACCAAGAACCGUGGUGCACUCCCAGCAUCCACCAAGGCCAUCGAGGCUCCCAAGCCCAAGCUUUCAACUACCACCGUGCAAAAGGUAGUCAGGGAAGAGGUCAAGGGCGACAUUGCUAUCCUUGAAACCGAGUCAGAAAUGACUCGUGAUGACCUGCGACUGGUUUGCUCGGGCCAUAUGGUCAACGGCACUGCGUUGACGCCAUCUUCCCUCUACGGUGACAUGGCCAUCACUGCCUGCGAGUACGCGUAUAAGUUGCUUCGUCCUGAUGCCAAGAACAUUGGCUGCAACGUCAGCCACAUGGAAGUUCCCAAGACUUUGAUCUUCAAUGGUAAAGCGAAGAGUCAGGUCCUGCGCAUGUCUGUCAAGGCCAAUGCCGCAGAAGGCUUCGCCGACCUGUCCUGGACCAGUGGUGAAGGUGCCCAGAAGACCGAGCAUGCCAACUGCAAGGUCUUCUUUGGGGACAACGAAGAGUGGCUCGGUGAAUUUGAACGGGUCAACUACUUGAUCAAGUCUCGAAUCGACGCUCUCCGGGCUGCAGAGCAACGUGGUGAUGCUUCCAAGAUCGGACGUGGUCUGGCUUAUAAGCUGUUUGCUGCACUUGUUGACUACGAUCGCCGCUAUCGUGGUAUGGAAUCAGUCAUCCUUGAUAGUGAGACAUGCGAGGCUACUGCCAAGGUUGUUUUCCAAACAAGCCCCGAAGACGGCACGUUCCACACUGCUCCCUACUGGAUCGACAGUGUCUGCCAUAUUUCAGGUUUCAUUCUGAACGGCUCCGAUGCUAUCGAUUCGCGCGAACAAGUCUUCAUCUCUCACGGCUGGGGAUCAAUGCGUUUUGCCGAGCGUCUUUCUGCCGAGAAGACUUACCAGACCUACAUUCGCAUGCAGAACGUCAAGGGCAGCAAAAUGAUGUCUGGCGAUGCCUAUAUUUUUGAUGGCGACAAGUUGAUCGGCAUUGCUGGCGAUGUUCGCUUCCAAGCAAUCCCACGCAAGGUGCUCAAUGUCGUACUUCCUCCCCAGGGUGCUGCGGCUGCUGGUUCGGCACCCGCUCGUGCACCAGCCGCUGCUGCGAAGCCAGCUGCAAAGGCCGCCCCCAAGGAGAAGAAGCAGGUCACCUCAGCUAAUCUUCCAGCUGUCAACAAGAGUCUCACCAAGAACUCUGUUGUUGCUCAGGUUAUGGAAAUCAUUGCCAAGGAGACUGGAGUUAGCCAUGACGAAUUGGCAGACAAUAUUGCCUUUUCCGAUCUUGGUGUCGACUCUCUGAUGGGUCUCACCAUUAGCGGCAGGCUUCGCGAGGAGCUUGAGCUGAAUGUCGAUUCUCAUGCCUUCAAUGACCAUGCUACCGUUGGUGCCUUCAAGGCCUUCCUGGCUCAAUUUGAAAGUGCUGACGCAGCAAUGGUUGAGGAGAAUGCGCACUCCAGCGCAUCUUCUGACAGUGCUGACAUGGAGACUGAAUCCAACUUCACCACUCCCUCUGACGAUAGUGAGAAGGACGAGGUCAAGGGCGACGCACCUGCUGCCGAUGGCAAUGUCAGCGAGCUUCAAGACAUUGUACGCUCUACCAUCAGUGCAGAGAUGGGAGUCGAGGUUGAAGAGGUCAUUGCGGCCCCAGACCUAGCAGCACUUGGCAUGGACUCUCUUAUGAGUUUGUCCAUCUUGGGUAUCCUGCGUGAGAAGACUGGCUUGAACAUUCCUUCUGACCUUCUUGGACACAACCCUUCGCUCAAAGACAUUGAGAAGGCUCUCGGAAUUGAGGACAAGCCCAAGCGUGCUGCUCCCAAGUCAGCUAAGCAGGAGCCUGCAAAGCCGGAGCCAAAGGUCCAAGGCGAGGCAAAGGCUCAUACCAACCCUGUCGAUAACUACCCACACCGCAAGGCAACAUCUGUCCUGCUUCAGGGCAACCACCGUACCGCGAAGAAGCAGCUGUUCAUGAUUCCUGAUGGCAGUGGUAGCGCUACUUCGUACACGGAGAUUUCAGAGGUUGGCUCUGACGUUGCCGUAUGGGGCCUCUUCUCGCCAUUCAUGAAGACUCCCGACGAGUACAACUGCGGUGUCUACGGCAUGGCUACAAAGUUUAUCCAAGAGAUGAAACGCCGUCAACCUGAGGGACCCUAUGCUGUGGCCGGAUGGAGUGCAGGCGGAGUUAUUGCCUACGAGAUCGUCAACCAACUGACAAAGGCGAAUGAGGAGGUGUCUAAUCUCCUCAUCAUUGACGCUCCGUGCCCAAUUACGAUUGAGCCUCUCCCGGCUGGUCUCCACGCCUGGUUUGCAUCCAUUGGUCUGCUCGGUGAGGGCGACGAUGCCGAGGCCAAGAAGAUUCCAGAGUGGUUGCUUCCCCACUUUGCGGCUUCCGUUACUGCCCUGUCCAACUAUGACGCCGAGCCUAUCCCGGCCGACAAGUGCCCCAAGGUCACUGUCAUCUGGUGCGAGGACGGUGUUUGCAAGCUCCCUACCGAUCCCCGACCUGACCCCUACCCGACUGGUCACGCCCUCUUCCUUCUUGACAACCGGUCCGACUUUGGCCCCAACCGAUGGGAUGAAUAUCUUGACAGCAAAAAGAUGACAUUCCAUCACAUGCCGGGCAACCACUUCUCCAUGAUGCACGGUCCCUUGGCCAAGCAACUUGGCGGCUUCAUGCGUGAUGGCAUGAAAUCAUGA